AAGCUUACCACAAUCUACAAUCAAAGCAUCUCUGCUUUCUACUCUCUCUCUGGGCCUAUAUAUUAUAUACAUAUAUAUAUUCACUGACAUUGGCCAAAAUCAAGCCAUUUCGGUCUUCUUCUUCAUCAUCUUCAACCCCAUAGAUCCCCUGUCUAGGGAUUGUUGAGAGACUUCGAUCUGCCGCGCCUGCGAAUCUGCCGCCAUGGAUGAAGAGUAUGACGUCAUAGUGCUCGGAACUGGUCUCAAGGAGUGCAUCCUCAGCGGUCUCCUCUCCGUCGAUGGCCUCAAGGUACUGCACAUGGAUAGGAAUGACUAUUAUGGAGGAGAGUCUACCUCGCUGAAUCUCAUCCAGCUAUGGAAGAAAUUUAGGAAUGAUGAUAAGCCUCCGGCGCAUUUGGGCUCCAGCAGGGAUUACAAUGUGGACAUGAUCCCGAAGUUUAUGAUGGCAAAUGGAACUCUUGUUCGUGUCCUUAUCCACACAGAUGUGACGAAGUACCUGUACUUCAAAGCUGUUGAUGGGAGCUUUGUCUACAAUAAGGGGAAGGUUCACAAAGUGCCUGCAACUGAUAUGGAGGCCCUUAAAUCUCCACUUAUGGGUAUUUUUGAGAAGCGCCGUGCUCGCAAGUUCUUCAUAUAUGUCCAAGACUAUGAUGAAAGUGACCCCAAGACGCACGAGGGGUUGGACUUGACAAGAGUGACAACCAAGGAACUCAUUGCGAAGUAUGGUCUUGAUGACAACACUAUCGAUUUUAUUGGCCAUGCAUUGGCACUUCAUAGAGAUGAUAGGUAUUUGAACGAACCCGCCCUCGACACUGUUAAGAGAAUGAAGCUUUAUGCUGAGUCACUUGCUCGCUUUCAAGGAGGAUCCCCUUACAUUUAUCCAUUGUACGGACUGGGAGAGCUCCCUCAGGCUUUUGCCAGGCUUAGUGCUGUUUAUGGUGGUACAUACAUGUUGAGCAAGCCAGAGUGCAAGGUUGAGUUUGAUGAGGAAGGCAAAGUUUGUGGCGUUACAUCUGAAGGGGAAACUGCUAGAUGCAAAAAAGUUGUCUGUGAUCCUUCUUACUUGCCUAACAAGGUUAGAAAAAUUGGGAAGGUUGCUAGAGCAAUCUGCAUAAUGAGCCAUCCGAUCCCGAACACCAAUGAUUCACAUUCGGUACAGGUUAUCCUGCCCCAGAAGCAAUUGGGUCGCAAGUCUGACAUGUACCUUUUCUGCUGCUCAUACUCUCACAAUGUUGCACCAAAGGGCAAAUUUAUUGCAUUUGUUUCAGCUGAGGCUGAAACCGAUAAUCCUGAGCUAGAACUGAAGCCAGGAGUUGACCUUCUGGGGCCAGUUGAUGAGAUAUUCUACGACAAUUAUGAUAGAUAUGAGCCUGUCAAUGAACCCACCCUGGACAAUUGUUUCCUAUCAACAAGUUAUGAUGCGACAACCCACUUCGAGUCCACUGUCAUCGAUGUGCUUAACAUGUAUACCUUGAUCACUGGAAAGGUGCUCGAUCUCAGCGUGGACUUGAGCGCUGCAAGUGCUGCAGAAGAAUGAAGAGGGCUGCAUCUGGUUCCUGCACUACUUAAUUUCCUGUUUCAAGCCAAGCUUUCCGGGGUCCUUUUUUUUUCUGUUCAAUGUGGGAUUAAACGAGACGCUAAAUUAAACUGCUAUCUCUGUGUUUUUUAUGUUUCAAGAGAGGCUUUAAUCCUUGUUAUAGAUCUGUUGUCAUGUUUUUAAAAAUGGUUCCCGGGAGUCGUGUCUCUUUUGAAUCGUC